AACAUCCCAACCAGAAGUUCCCAAUUGACUCACCAUCCCAAACCAUUCACCCGCCCCCUACCCCGGGAAACCGUUCUCCCGGGACCUGUCUUAUAAGCCUUCCCCGCAAGCAACCCCCAGUAUCACCCACCCCGCAUCCACAUCCCACCUCUCCCACACACACAAACAGCACCACCACCAUGACCCAGACCACCCCCUCAAACCCCCUCGGCAUCGCCACGCUCAGCCUAGGUAGCGCAGCGCACCACACCCUUGAAACCAGGCUACACGCCGCCGCCGCCGCCGGGUACACGCACAUCGACCUGUUCGACGACGACUGGGCGGCCUACCUGAGCGCGCACCACUCCCCGGCCGACGCCCCGCCACCGACCCCCUGGACCUCCACGCCGGAAACCCUGCGCAUCGCGACGCAACUCGGCUCUCUCGCGAGAUCCCUCUCCCUCCAGAUCGCCUGCACGCAACCCUGCCGGCAGAUCGAGGGGAUCCUCGACCCCGCCGCGCGGCGCGCCGCCCUCGACGCCGUGGCCGCACGGUUCCCAUUCAUGCGGGCCUUCGGGACGGAUCUCGUGUUCAUGUGCGCCAACAUCCGGACGGACUCGGGCGUCACCGCCGACCUGGCCACGGUGGCGCAGGACCUCGCCGAGCUGGGCGAUAGGGCGCGCGCGUUCGCCGAGGCCGACGGGGGCCCGAUGCUCCGGAUCGGGUACGAGGGGCUCAGCUGGGCGCGCCGGAAUACCUGGGCAUCGUCGUGGGAGGCGGUGCGGGCGGCGGACCGCGCGAAUGUGGGCUUGGUCGUGGACGCGUUCAAUGUGUUAGCCGUCGAGUGGGCGGAUCCCUAUGCGGAGGAUGGGUCGGGCAGGGUCCAUGGUGAUUUGAAGGUGGCGCGGGAGGUGUUGCGGACGUCGAUGCGGGAUUUGGUAAGGACCGUGCCGGCGGAGAAGAUCUUUUUCUUUCAGGUCGGUGAUGCGGUGAAGGUUGGGCUGGAGGAGGUGAGGGCUUGGGAUGUUCGCGGCGAUACGCCGCGGCUGUUGCCCUGGUCCAGGGGGUAUCGCUUGUUCCCGGGGGAGAAGGACCGGGGGGCGUAUUUGCCGGUCGAGGUGGUCGCUGCUGCUGUGUUGGAGACGGGAUAUGCGGGGCCGGUGUCGUUGGAGGUGUUUAAUCACUCGUUGAGUGAGCAGGAUGCAUCGGUGCCCACGGUGCAUGCGGAGCGGGGGAUGAAGGGGCUGCGAUGGUUGUUGGAGGAGGUCGCCAAUGUGCCGACAUUUGGGGAUGCGACUCGAUAGUGGGGGGGUGAUGUUUAGGAAAGGUGGUUAUGCGAAACUGUAUCGUGAUAUUGUACUGG